AUGUUGAGGUGCAAAGUUUCGUCCCAUUUCAGUGGAAUCCUUGGAAUAAAUGUUUUGCACUUUUCAGCAGAGCAAGGGACACUUAUGUGGAUAGAAUUACAAUGAGACCUUUAAACAUCUAAGGAAAUCAUCUCUCUGACUCUUCUCCCUAAGAGUGUGUUUUCUACCAGCAUGAGUUCGGAGUGCACAAGCUACUAUAGCGCAGAGAAUGUGUUUAUGAAUGGCUCUUCAUGUCCUAAAGAAGGGAGCGAUCCGAGCGCGACAUUCUGCUGCGGAUUUAACGAUAUCAAGUAUUGCUGUGAUGAUCCCAACAGUUUUUUCCCUUAUGAGUAUGGAUACAUGUGGUGGCUCAGCUUUGGGGCUCUGAUAGGACUGUCCAUAGCAGCAGUGGUCCUCCUGGCUUUCCUCAUCACAGUCUGUGUCCUCUGCUACCUCUUCAUCGCCACUAAGCCCAGUCGCCUUGACAACGGCCUGCCACUACGACCACCAGGGUUGGACCCCCGCGAGGGCCCCAGCCACUCCGGCCCAGCACCGUCCAUCGGCCCUCAGGGCUUCAGGAAGCACUUCUUCAGCAGGAAGCUGGACUGUGACAACCAGCCACCCGACCCUGAGAGAUUGUUCCAGAGGUGCUUCGUCACCACCGUCAACAUGGAGGGCCCAUCGUAGUGCUCUUAAUAUGGAGGGCACUUUGUAGGAUGCUUAGGAGGUAAUGUUUGUCAAUGUUCAAACAGUAGUUGGCUGGUUAACCCACUCUAGAAACAUUUCAGUUGAGCUUCUUUUUUUUCUGUUGAUGAAAAUAAACUUAAAAAACAGAAAGACAGAAGUCACACUGGACAACUGUGGAGCCGAAGCAUAUUGUCUGUCUUGCCUCACCUCUGUAUUCCAAUGUUGUUUGAUGAAGCAAGAGAAAGGACAGAGGGAAAUAUUUUCAUUCAUUAUUUUGUGUUGAGAAAUCCAUUUUAACUGUCUGAUUUAACAGAAGCUCGUGUGUCUUCAAGACAGACACUCUCAGAUAACAAGCUCCUCAAACCAGCAUUUACUGAACUUCAACGUUGACAGUUUGUGUGAUUCUUCACCUUCUUGUUUUCAAUCGUCUACGUGUCUGUGUGUGAAAUGUUUAUUUGGUUGAGAAUGUUGCCAAUGGGACAACAAGUGCCUACAACAUUUUGCAUCCAAUAGAACUGAUAAGGAAGUAAAUCAGACAUAGUACAACACAUAACAAACAGAAAGCCUCAGACUUCCAGUUAUCUUAACUUGGCCCCUGUUUUCAAAACGUUGAAGGUGGAAUCCAUAACGGUAAAACUGCCACGUCCUUUUGCGAUAUUACAACAACAAAUAAGUCACUCCCUCUGACAUCAUCAUUCCACGCGCGCGAUAGACCAACAGCGUACGUACUGUAAUUAUUUAUUUUCACGAUGCUGGACACUCCACAACUCGGUUUCAUCAGCAAAAACAAUAACAAAUGUGCUGGCGCGCACAGUGGCGUCGUUUGCCCUUAUGUGGAUUUCAACUUUAAAAAGGUCAUGUCUGCUAUAAUAUAAAAUACAUGAAAUUGCUUGUUGAAACAUUGCAUGUUGAACUGUCAUGUUGAAUUUUCUCAAAAUUCAGCAUUGAUCAUGGCAGAGAUUAUAGAAUGUUAUGUUCCACCGCUGUCCAUGCUGCUGUCCCCAUGUUCAGAAACACUUUAAUUCAUGUGGUCAAAGUCAUUGUGUUGCCAAUUUGCCAUAUACAAUGGCUGAAUGCCAUGAGGCAUCAGUUGUGUGAGUCACUUCUUUGUUAGUCAUGCUUCAAAUAGAGAGUAACUUGUCAAAGAGGAAAGAUGUUGCACCUUUAUGGUGUGUUAUCACAGCAGGCACCAAGUUUGAUGUUUUCUCAAUAUAUUAAAGUGUGUGGCUGAGUGCACAACACAUUCAAAUGUACUUACAAAAAUAAAUGCAUGUGACCUUUCAAUAUUCAAAGUGCUUUAUAAAAACAAACUAUUUCUUUAUAUACACAUUUGAAAAAAAGUGUGAGAAGCAGAUGCUAUAUCAAUAAAACAUUUACAUAAGCUAUCCAAGAGCACGGAGCUCUGACAACACCUCCAUGUGGUUACAUAAAACAAACUCAAAACGGGACAACUGUUGACGAGAUCGGGGGUGUUUGGAGCUCACCCUCUCCAACAUGAACAGCAAAACACAGUGUAUGUACAUAAAGUAUAUACACAUUAUAUAUACUGUAUGUAUCUAUGUACAUAAUCUCCAUAUAUGCCUCUGGAUAAAGAGGAACAUAGGAAUGAAGAGAGUAAAACCAUUCUGCCACUCAGUGUUGAUGACGUCACCAUUUCCAACCACAAUUAAGGGCUCUAUUCAGUCUGUGAACCUGAAGCGUUACAGAUUCCACAAUAGAAAUGUAAAGGUAAUUUUCGACUGAGCCGACAUGCGCAGAGUUUACCGUGAAUACAGUUUCCGUUAAAAUCUGGAACAUUACAUUUUCAAUCACGUUGUAAAUCUGAACUCCCACAACGCGGAUUGAAAAGAGCCCCGAGACAUCAAACAUCUCAUCUUCUAUUCUCCUGCACCUACAACUACGUUGUCCGGACUUCUUCCCCAUUCCCCUCAUUAUAAAAACAGUGUGAUUAAAGCACUGAGUCAAUAACAGGGAAGAAGGAGUAGACAGAUGUCCAUUAUUUCUCUCAUACACAUGGUUCAAUACAGUCCUUGAGAAGACAGCUCCAAAAAAAUAUUAUCUUCAUCAAGAGAGGACCGCACAAACGAAGCGAUCGAUCGCAGGUGAAGAUAAAUGGGGGCGAGAACAAAGUCAUCCCCCAUAACCCCAUACUUAUCUUGAGAACGCUGCAGUAACACAUAGGUUGAAGCUACAGUAACAUGAGCAUGGUUACCAUUUUUCCCUUCAUUAUAAAGUGUGUUGAUGACGUUGAUGACUGUUUGCAAAUCCAAUCAGUUUUCCACAUUGAUUCAACGUCGUCACAUUGAUUUGUUGUUGUUGUUGAAAUGACAUGGAAACAGUGUUAACUCAAUCAGUUUUUACCCAGGGGAUCAUCAUCAACAGUAUGGAUAUAUUGGGGCGGCAGGUAGCCGUGGUUAGAAUAUUGGACCAGUAACAGAAAGGUCGCUAGAUUCAACC